AUCCCCGGAAGGCCCGUAAAGAACUGAGGAAAACGUGAUGGGGGGCAUGCGCGGUUGGGAAGACGGCGCUGCUGUCCGUAGCCGCCUGGGAAGCUCGCGCAAGUAGACGGGGCAUGGACGCCUGGAUCUGAGGGGGCGAGCGAGGGAAGAGGCGGCCGGGCGUGUGAUCUGGUCGUUGCGAACAACGCUACCCCGGGGAACGGGAGGAGGGUGGGAAAGGAGGCGAGCGUGGGGGAAGGGCAAGGUGGCGCUCGGGCUGAUGCGUGGAGCAUUCUGGGAGACAGAGUCCGGCCGGGGAGGGGGAAGUCGGCGAGUGCGCAUGCUUGCGAGCGCGGAGCGGCCCGCUGAGCGUGGAGUACAGGUCUGAAGAUGGAACAACGAAGCAUACAGUAGUCGCUCAAUAAGCAUUUACUGCCACUGUUUGUCCUCGCAGUAGCCUCAUCCUCUUCCUCUCCUAGGGAAAGACAUUAUCCUCGGAGCCCCAGCCCAGUCUUUUCAAUGAGGCCCACAGCACUAGGCUCCCCAGGUCACACAGCCCUGGAAGAUGAGGGGCCUGUCAUGGUGAAGCUGGAGGACUCUGAGGAGGAGGGUGAGGCUGCCCAAUGGGAUCCCGGCCCAGAGGCUGCCCGCCAGCGUUUUCGACACUUCCACUAUGAGGAGGCACUGGGUCCCCAAGAGGCCCUGGCCCAACUCCGGGAGCUGUGCCGCCAGUGGCUGCAGCCCGAGGUGCACUCCAAGGAGCAGAUGCUGGAGCUGCUGGUGCUGGAGCAGUUCCUGUGCGCACUGCCCCCCGAGAUCCAGGCCCGUGUGGAGGGCCAGCGGCCAGGCAGCCCUGAGGAGGCAGCUGCCCUAGUCGAGGGGCUACGCCAGGAGCCAGGAGGCCCCCGGAGAUGGGUCACAGUCCAAGUGCAGGGUCAGGAGGUGCUAUCAGAGAAGAUGGAGCCCUCCAACUUCCAGCCCCUCCUUCAAACCAAGCCUCUGACUCCAGAACAUGGGCCUAGGACACCAUCUGAAGCUACGCAGGAGUUACCAUUGGGCCUUCGGGUGAAAGAGGAGCCCACGGUUACAGAUGACCCAGAGCUUCUGGAUUCUGGGCCUCUAGCCAAUCCCCAGGAGGCCACCUCCACUCUCCUGCCUGAAGAGACCCAGGGCUGUGAAAUAGUGCUGGACCAGGCCUCUCCUCACAGCGAAACUGGACUUGAGGGGCCUUCAUGGAGGGAGCAUCCUGGGGUCCUGUGGCAGGAGGAAGCUGGAGGCAUCUUCCCUCCAGGGUUUGCCCUCCACAUGGACAGUGUCUCUGCUGGCCCAGGCACUGUGAGCCCCCACCUCCACAUCCCGUGGGACCUCGGCAUGGCCAGCCUCACAGACCAACUCCGGUCGCCCUCCCAUGAAAGUGGCUUCUCACAUGCACUUGGGCUCCCCAGUGGCCCCGGAGGUGAGCAGAACCCCACGAACGAGGGUCCUCACCAGCUCCUGGGCCCCAUACUGGCCACUGGCCGCUGGCCUACACCCAGGACCAAAGGCCAGGGACGGGGUCGCCCCAGCACAGGCCCCGGGGUGGGGCGGGGUGGCCGCUGCGACGUGUGUGGGAAGGUAUUCAGCCAGCGCAGCAACCUACUGAGGCACCAGAAGAUACACACAGGAGAGCGGCCAUUCAUGUGCAGCGAGUGUGGCCGAAGCUUCAGCAGAAGCUCGCACCUUCUGCGUCAUCAACUCACGCACACUGAGGAGUGGCCGUUUGUGUGCGGCGACUGUGGUCAGGGCUUCGUGCGCAGCGCGCGCCUGGAGGAGCACCGGCGAGUGCACACGGGCGAGCAGCCCUUCCACUGCGCAGAGUGCGGCCAGAGCUUCCGGCAGCGCUCCAACCUGCGGCAGCACCAGCGCAUCCAUGGCGACCCCCCUGGCCCGGGCGCCGCGCCCCCCACGCCUCCCGGUGCCCCGGAGCCCCCAGGCCCCUUCCCUUGCAGCGAGUGCCGUGAGAGCUUCGCGCGGCGAGCCAUGCUCCUGGAACACCAGGCGGUGCACACGAGCGACAAAUCCUUUGGCUGCGUGGAGUGUGGGGAGCGUUUCGGCCGCCGCUCCGUGUUGCUGCAGCACCGGCGAGUCCACAGUGGAGAGCGGCCCUUUGCCUGUGCCGAGUGCGGCCAGAGCUUCCGCCAGCGCUCCAACCUCACGCAGCACCGGCGCAUCCACACGGGCGAGCGUCCCUUCGCCUGCGCUGAGUGCGGCAAGGCCUUCCGCCAGCGGCCCACGCUCACGCAGCACCUGCGCGUGCACACGGGCGAGAAGCCCUUCGCCUGCCCAGAGUGUGGCCAGCGCUUCAGCCAGCGUCUGAAGCUCACGCGCCACCAGCGGACGCACACCGGGGAGAAACCCUACCACUGCAGUGAGUGUGGCCUGGGCUUCACGCAGGUGUCACGGCUCACCGAGCACCAGCGGAUCCACACCGGGGAGCGGCCCUUCGCUUGCCCUGACUGCGGCCAGAGCUUCCGGCAGCACGCCAACCUCACGCAGCACCGGCGCAUCCACACGGGCGAGCGGCCCUACGCGUGCCCGGAGUGCGGCAAGGCCUUCCGCCAGCGGCCCACGCUCACACAGCACCUGCGCACCCACCGGCGGGAGAAGCCCUUUGCCUGCCAGGAUUGCGGCCGCCGCUUCCACCAGAGCACUAAGCUCAUCCAGCACCAGCGCAUCCACAGUGCGGAGUAACGGCACUCACUGUACCCCUUCUUCUCUGCGUCUCCGCUUCUGGCCUUUGGUUACAGAGGAGGGUCUUCGCUCCGAACACUAACCUCACAGGGUUGCUGUGAGGCCUCUGAUCAAGUCUGGGUACAGACGGGCCCACUCAGGACCUGGCGCCCAGUAGGAGCUCAAUAAACAGUAGAUGGACCGUGGGUCUGGAAAUCUACACACUCAGUGCCUCCCGACCUGCACAGGUCCCUCUUCCCCCCACCCCCACCAUCUACCACUUCCGCAACCAUGCAGUCUCUGAGAGCCAUAGACUCCUAGCAGCCCCUCCCAAGGGCUAUGGAUGCCACCUUGUACUGUGGCUCCUGUACUCUUUGCCAUGACAGCUUCAACCAGCACAACCAUGGGCCAAGCCAACUGCCAGGUGAGAACUGGCCCAGUUUUCCCCUACCAGCCAAGAUCAUCAAGGGCAGUACAAGUAGCAAACUGGUGCCCAGAAGGCCAGAGCUAGGGAUGUGUCUAUAAAACUUUAACCUUAAGAAGCUAUUUCUUAGGCAUAAAAGCUAGAAGGUUUUAUCUGGAAAUCUAGAUUCUUUCAUGCAUGUUAACUACCAGCAGAUGCUGAGGUUAGGUUCCCCUUAGGAUACCCCAGCCUGUCCAGAAAUCAAAGUCCACUGGAGGCCCCAGGCCAUUUCUCUAUCCCCCUAGUGAUCAUUCACAUUCUGUGGGCCACAGCUGCCGCCAACCCUGGCCAGGUGUGCAACCCCCAAGGGCUCCCCAACACUGGGUGGUGGUCCCUAUGAAGAAUGUGUUCAGCAGCAAGUCACAGGAAGCACAGCUGUCAGCAGCUUACAUAAAAGUGCGGAUGCUGCCAGUGCAGGUUCAGUGGCUUGCACACUGGGCUGGCAUCUCUGGAACCCUCUGGACUUUUCACAUGCCAUUGCUUCUUGCCCUAAUUAUCUUUCCCUUCCAUCCAAAUUGUGCAGACUCUUGACCUAGUGUGCCCCCCAACCCCAACCAGUGGGUACCCUGGGGGCCAAAAGCAGGAUGAGAAGCAGUGCCAAAGGAAAGAUCUUCAUGCAUCGGGAUCUGGCUUGGGACAUAAACCCCACUCUGGCCAAGUGUCAGCCUGCCCUUGGCCUGAGGGGUUCUAAGAACAACCUUUUGAGGCUCACGUGUCUAAGCUUCUUCCAGGGAUACAGCUGGACUUUGCUACAAGACUGGGGUCCUGAAAUCUGGGAAAGAAGCCAGCCUCAGCCAGAAGCUUCUAGUAGUCAUCCCAAAGAAGGUGUGUUCCCUACCUCUUUCCCUCCCCCACUCCACCCCUCUCCACCGCCCCCCUGACCUACCCCCAGCCAGGACCAGGGCCACUCUGGCAUCUACAUCUGGCAAAGUCAACAACUCCCCAUGGAGGGGUACUUCCAUGUGGCACCGUUGGGAGGUGGGGGGAGGCCACCUGGGCCCUAGGCCAAUACUUCUGUCCUCUUAACCACAAACAGAACUCUUAAGGACCAUGACCUGGGAUAUACUAAUCAGAGGGGUAGAAAGCAGUCACUGGGUCCCUAGGUGGAGGCUAGGAGUCAGAUUAAGAAAGGCACACAAAUACUGAGGUAGCUAGUGUUGUGAGGUUGAGUAUUGCCGAACUUUAUAAAUCCUGUAACAUGGAUUUUUUUUUUCAAGUCCUGUGUGAAUUUUAUAAUCAGAAAAAAAGAGGACAAGAAAGCUCACUCUCGUGUUUUGAUCAUCUUGGUGUUUGAAGAACAUGAAGAGAAAUCUGCACACGUAUGACUACUUAAGAACCUGAAAUUACACACAGGAAAAAUUAUUAACACACGUGAAAGGCAUGGCGACAACAGGCCAGGGCCCAGUGCCCAAAGUCAUAAGUCCACAGACUCGCCUGCUGAGCCAGUCCUCUAAGAAAGAAACAUGAAGUGAUGGGAGAGUCCCCCAUGAAGGGUCAUUUCUGCAGUUGGCUGGGGUCAGCCCUGCAAGCCAGGCUGGGGGUUGUGAACCCAAGUGCUACCAUACU